CAUGCUGUACAACACAGAGAGUCAACAGGCUGUGCGGGGCGCACACGGAACAUCACUACUACGGGACAACAAAAACAAAGCAGCGGGUCAACACAUUGUGGACACUCAGACAACUUUUGUUUUUCACAGGAAAGGGAUUUUUAGAAACAUACUUUUUGUUAUUGUUAACACAGAAUUAUUUUUUUUUUACCGGCUUGGGAUGUGACUUUCAGUGUAGACUUGGCGCCCAGGCGGAGCACAGCAUUCCCGGACAGAUUUAACUUAUUCGCACAUUUCAAAGGCGAAGUUGCGACUUUUGAGGGGCGACAGGUUCGUCACACUUACAUGACAUUGUAACACUUGGCUCCGUCACCUCUCGACCAUGGCGGAAGCGCCCCAGCAGCCACACCUGGUGGAAAUCGACCCGGAUUUCGAGCCCCUGUCGCGGCCCCGGUCGUGCACUUGGCCUUUGCCCCGGCCGGAGUUCAUCAACCCGGGCGACUCCAACACGUCCUCGCCGGUGCCGUCCGUGAAGCAGGAGCCCACCGGCAACGAGUUCAUCAACAACCUCAGCCUCCUGGAGGAGACCGAGGACUUCACGGAGCAGAAGCCUGUCAUCCUGUGCUCCGACUUCCAGUGUCAGGAGAACUGCGUCCACCAGCAACCCCCACAGCAGCAACAUCAGCAGCAGCAACAUCAGCAGCAACAUCAGCAGCAGCAGCAGCAGCACCCGAACCCGCAACUCCCGCAUCAGCAGCAGCAGCAGCAGCAGGUGUCUCUGCUCUCCUCCCCCGUGGGCUCGUCGUCCUCGGCGGCCGCGGCCGCAGCUGCCGCCGCUGCCCAGAGGAAGAGCAGCUCCUCCCGGCGAAACGCAUGGGGGAAUAUGUCAUAUGCAGACCUCAUAACCAAAGCUAUCGAAAGUUCUCCCGAGAACCGACUAACGCUGUCUCAGAUUUACGACUGGAUGGUGAAGAGUGUGCCUUAUUUCAAGGACAAAGGUGACAGCAACAGCUCUGCGGGCUGGAAGAACUCCAUUCGACACAACCUGUCGCUGCACAGCCGCUUUAUUCGCGUGCAGAAUGAGGGCACGGGGAAGAGCUCGUGGUGGAUGCUGAACCCGGAGGGCGGCAAGAGCGGCAAGUCCCCGCGACGCAGGGCAGCCUCCAUGGACAACAACAGCAAGUUCACCAAGAGCAGAGGAAGAGCAGCUAAGAAAAAGCUGUCUCUGCAAGGCGGCCCUGACGGAGGCGCAGACAGCCCAGGCUCCUACUCCAAGUGGCCUGGCAGCCCCAACUCCCACAGCAACGACGACUUUGAUGCAUGGAACAGCUUCAGGCCUCGGACCAGCUCCAACGCCAGCACUCUGAGCGGUCGUCUCUCGCCCUUCAUGCCCGAGGACGACCUCGGAGAGGCAGACGUGCAUAUGGGCUACCCGGGAGCCCCCGGGGCCAAGAUGACAGCCACCCUGCCCAGUCUCACAGAGAUGACAGGCUCUCUGCGACACGGCUCUGAGAAUGUCAUGGAGAACCUUUUGGACAACCUGAACUUGCUCUCGCCCAACAACUCUCAGGUUGGAGGAGGGGCGACGACCCCUGGCUCCUCCCAGUCCUCUCCCUCUCCGAUGAUGCAGCCGAGCCCUGGGUACCCCGCUUACAGCUCCCCCAGCAUGUCCGCGCAGCCUCAGCAGGAGUACCGCAAGUGUGUGUACGGCCAAGCGGGGAUGAACACCCUGUCGUCCAUGCCGCUGCAGACACUGCCAGAGAGCAAGCCCAGCUUCGGGCCCAGUAUGGGCCAGUACAGCUGCCCUGCGGGUCUUCUGAAGGAGCUGCUGACGUCAGAUACAGACCAGCACAGUGAGCUCAUGCCGUCUGUGGACACCGUGGUGUCUCAGUCCAGUGGAGGCUGCAUGCUGCCGCCGUACAGCAGCAGCCAGCAUGCAGCCAAACUCAUGGGUGGAGGGAACGGUCACCCGCAUGGUCUUGCUCACACUCACCCCCGCAGUGUGCACAGCCAAGCCCCGGUCACGUCACCGGCCAUGAAUGCCCGCUUGCUCAUGUCCCUGAGCCACAGUGGGGGUCCCACGCGUUUGCCCGCAGCCAAAAGCCAUAUGCAGAUGCCUUAUGGCCUCUCCAGCCACCUCAGUGCAGGAGGCAUGCCCGGUGGCUUCUGCCCUCUCAACACCAACGGAUACGGCCGACCAGGCCUGCCACAGCCCUUGCACCCGGAGAAGCUGCCCAGCGACCUGGACGACAUGUCCAUCGAGAAGUUUGAGUUUGACAUGGAGACGGUCCUUCACGACACCCUGAUGGACGGGGACUCCCUGGACUUCAACUUUGAGCCAAUGGUGACCCAACAAGGUUUUUCCCACGGAGUGAAGACCACUACGCACAGCUGGGUGUCAGGGUAGAAACUGUAGUGCUUUUGCUGUUUGGCAACAAUCGGAACUCAUUUGAGACACACACAAAAAGUGUAUCUUAGGAUGUUUAAUCCUCAACCCAACUUCACCUGCAGUCCAUGUCCCAUCCAUCAACAUUUCUGUUUCAAAAAUACUUAUCACUUCAGCAGACUGAGACUGGUCGUGAUCAGCUGAGGACGCAUCUCCAUUAGAGCCCUUGAACUGCUGGAGAUGAUAUCAUAAUUAUCUUUGAAAUAUCAAAUAAUUUGUACAAACUAAGUGCCAAACAAUUUGCCUUAACAUAAGAGCCAAACUGAAACACACCUCUCUGGUUUACUCAUCAAGGUUGCAGCGAUUUCUUUUUUUGCAAGUGACACUGCCAACUACAUCUCAUCAUCAGCAGCAGCGGCACGAUCUGUAGAGGUGCACCAACUCAAACCGUGAUGUUUACUGUGUGUCCACAAUCAAGCUUUUUGUAUGUACAGUGUGGUGAUAAUUGAUUACCACUACGGAAGAAUUAUGAAGGUAAUCCGCUCAUGGGUUUGUGGACUGACACGAUGUAAAGUGAGAGACUUCUCAAGGGAUCCUCGGAUCAUGUUACAUAAUAACUCAUUUUUGUUAUUGCCUGAAUGUACAUAGCGUCAUCAUACAGUUUGUCAAAUCAGGCCUCUUAGUGUAUUUUCUAAGAGUGUAAAUAGUGUUUACAGAGCGGAAGCAAAAGUCGAGGCAGCAGAAGUGAGCCCGCGUUGAAAACUGGAUCAGAAUCUUUUGAAACACACGUCGAGUGGACAGAUCUGUGCUUUAGGAAUUCUUCUCAAUCGGGCUGUAAAAUGGUAACACACUUUCUGAUUUCUUGUACAUACAUUAAGAAUGUAUAUUAAAAUGAUGUAGUAGAUGUUUACUGGAUUUAGUAUAUAUUUGAGACCUAAAUUAUUUGUGGUUAAUAUAGAUUUAUUCUAGUGCAUAACCUGCACUCAAGACAUCAGAAUUGUUCUGAGUCAUUCGUCACUCUGAACCUUAACACCACAGGGGCCUAUUUAUUGUGCCUAACAAAGUAGAUAUCGACUGCAGGCUUGAAGGGUUUUAUGUUGUAAAUGUCUACGGUCCAGAAGAUACUCAAAUCCAACAGUCUUGAAGAAAAAGUACAGUGAAUUCUUUAUUUCCAGUUCCCUGCUUUCACUUUUUUUUUGUAGAAGUCAAGAAGAAACGAGUGACUGUAGAUUGUUGUUAGGGUUUCCUGAAAGCUUCGCAGCAUUGUGAAUGUUCAGAGGUCAAGGCAGGUUGGUGGAUAAAAGAUGUUCUGUGCUGCUGUUGUUUUCACAUCAAGGCCGAGUCGCCUGGGAUUGUCAUUAAAGACACUGUGAGUAUUUAAGCAGCCUGUCCCCCUGUAUAGUUUCAGAACUAACCUUUGUCUCUAACGGUUAGUGUGACCGAUUAAACUUAGUACAGUACGACAACUUUUUGUCAAAAAAGAGCCGUCUGACGCUAUCGAUAGCAUCGGCUUUAUUCUGCUUUUAAUGAGACUCCACAUUCGCUCUGCCCCUUCUACCUCUACCCAUCUCCAAGUCAAAUAUUCGAUAACAUAAGGUUUAACAUGUGAAUUUAUAGCUCCGAUCAUCUUCUUAAUAACAAGUCUAUUUUAAUUUGCCCCUGAAAAGCGCCACUAAGUGUUAAGUAUUUUAUCUAGCAUGUAUAUUUGCAUUUGCAGUCUCGCUUUUCCCACUUAUCGCUGUACUAACAAUGAGCUUGUCGGCCUGCCAGUGAAUUAUUACGCCGAGUCAACAAAUAGUGUACAGGUUUGUGGUUACCUUUGUGAAGAUGGUGUCUGUGAACACGACUGCUUCUGAUGAAGUCGACUGGUUCGGUGGCUGAAAGACCGGGUGGUUUAGAGAUAGCGAACGUAAACUGCCUAUUCUACCUUAAUGUUUUUUGCAUUAUUUAUCCAGAAACCACAUAUAUCAGCGUGAGUCUGAUCAUGUGUUGUAAAGGGCUCUGAGUAUGCAGGUUGUCCUACUACUAAUGAGUUCCCCUUCAACCAGGGGGGAAUGCUUUUUAAUUAGUUUGGGUGUUUGGUGGAAAUGAAAACUUGCAUUCUCCAGAUCACUAAUGGCACAUGAUCUGACACAGCAGAUGUCGUUUUUUUUAAUAAAUCCAGGGAGCGGGGCAGGUUUAAGAAGAGUUAAAUGAAAUUCUUAACAUUUCAAAAGGCCGUUAUUAAAGAAGCUGCUGUUUGGCUUUGGUGCCAGGUGUUGCCUUUUCUUACCCAAAUAUACCAUCGUGUACUAUAGCCAAAUUUGCCUUUUGAAGUCAAAGUGAUAUAUUUAGCAUUUUUAUCAUGUGAUAUGUUCAGAAUGAGAUAUAUUUGUGCCGGUCACUUAAGUCAGGAUAAACUGUAAUGAAUCCAUGUCGUCAGUGUCACACAGGAUUCACUCUAAAAGUAAAAGAGCUAUACUAAGUAAAUUAUAUCUCUACAUUUUUAAAUGAUUGAAUCUAUGCAUUGUAUUCCUUAAUUUUAUGUUGCUAUUUUCCUUUUCUUUGAACUUAUGACAGAGAUAUUUUAUUGUAACAUAGCGCUGUGAGAUAUUAUGGUGUUGUUGUUGUCAAAACUCUAUGUUCCAGAUAGUUAUAUGGGAUAAAAAUGAAGUUUAUUUAGAAAAUAGUAUGAUGCAGUGAUUUAAUAUGCUAAGCUUUUGUUAACUGACAAUGUUGUAUUUCUUGUAUUUAGCUACAGUUUUUAGAAAAGAGCAUCGAAAAGCAAAUUACUGAAAAAACAAUGUUAAGAUAUAUUGAAUUUUUAAAAUGGAAAACACAAUAUUUAGUCUGUCGGAGAAGUCCUGCUCAGAAUGCAGUUUCUGGACCAAUUUUUGUAAUUUUAUGAGUAGAAAGAUAUUGCACUUUUACUUACAUAUUAUGAAAAAGUGCUCCUCGCAACAAGAGGAAGAGUUUCCAUUACAUAUUUUAAAAUAAAAAAUCUGUUACAUUGAAUUUAUAUACAGGAAUAAAUUGGAAUUUUGCUGUGUGAUUUGCAAUCAAUACAAAUAUGUAACUUGUUCAAUAUUAAUGUAUUAAGACCUGAAUAAAUGUUCUUCUGUGUUAAA